GGCGUUAGGACCCGGCAGCCUGAGCAGCCCCUCGCUGCCCUGCUGAUGGUCUGCACGCGGACGUGCGGGGAGAAACGCAGCUCCGGUGCUGAGGCAGGAGGCUGGAGGAGGGACAGAGCUCAGCAGCAUCGGCCGUUCCUGUUAGUCGUGGUCCAAUCUCCGUCCCUCGCUCAGCCAAUCAGCAGUAUUUGACAGCAGGACUGCUACACAUCAUGUGUCACUAUGAAGAUAUCUGAGGGCAGCACGUUGGAAUCUGUCUUCUCUGUCUGCCUCCAUUAAAACACAGCCCUAGAGCACCAUGGGAGGCGUGGUGGUGGACGAAGGUGCAGGGGGGGUGAAGGCUCCAGAUGGAGGGUGGGGCUGGGCGGUGCUGGCUGGCUGUUUCGUCAUCACAGGCUUCUCCUACGCUUUUCCUAAAGCGGUCAGUGUCUUUUUCAAAGAGCUGAUCAGGGAGUUUGGGGUGGGAUACAGCGACACUGCCUGGAUCUCCUCCAUACUGCUGGCCAUGCUCUAUGGCACAGGUCCACUGUGCAGUGUGCUGGUGAACCGCUUUGGCUGUCGUCCUGUGAUGAUGGUGGGCGGCCUCUUUGCCUCUCUGGGAAUGAUCCUGGGCUCUUUCUCCACCAGCAUCAUCCACAUCUACCUCACUGUCGGGGUCAUUACAGGUUUGGGGUUAGCCCUGAACUUCCAGCCGUCUCUGAUUAUGCUCAACCGCUACUUCAGCGAGAAGCGUCCUCUGGCCAAUGGGCUAUCAGCAGCAGGAAGCCCUGUGGCCCUGUGCUGCCUCUCACCACUGGGCCAGGUCCUCCAGUACCAGUACGGAUGGAGGGGGGGCUUCCUCAUCUUGGGUGGCAUUCUACUCAACUGUUGUGUGUGUGGGGCCCUCAUGAGGCCUCUGGUCGCCCCCAAGACGCUGAAGUCUAAGGAACAGGAGCAGGAAAACAAUGAAGGAACAGAGGAGGCAGAAAAGAAGAAGAAGCCCAAAGCCAAACUGCUGGACUUCUCUGUGUUCAAAGAUUGUGGGUUUGUCAUCUACACUGUGUCGGCAUCCAUCAUGGUGCUGGGGCUGUUUGUGCCUCCAGUGUUUGUUGUGAGCUACGCUAAGGAGCUGGGGAAUGAGGACACCAAAUCGGCUCUGCUGCUCACUAUCCUGGGCUUCAUUGACAUUUUUGCACGGCCUACGUGUGGCGUGAUUGCCGGACUGAAAUGGGUUCGGCCUCGCUGCGUCUACCUCUUCAGCUUUGCUAUGAUCUUCAAUGGAGUCACGGACCUGAUCGGAUCACAGGCCAAGGACUAUGUCUCGCUGGUGGUCUUCUGCAUCUUCUUUGGCAUAUCGUACGGCAUGGUGGGUGCGCUGCAGUUUGAAGUUCUCAUGGCAAUAGUUGGUACUGAGAAGUUCUCCAGUGCCAUAGGCCUGGUCCUGCUCAUGGAGGCCAUUGCUGUGCUGGUGGGGCCACCUGGUGCAGGCCGGCUUCUUGAUGCCACCAAGAACUACAUGUAUGUCUUCCUGCUGGCAGGAAGCGAGGUGGUCCUCUCAGCUGUGGUUCUGGCUACUUGUAACUUCCUGUUUAUCACAAAGAAGCCCUCAGAGCCAGCAGACAAGCUUGAAAACAUCACGGUGACAGACGACGCCAUGACCGAGGUGUGCGGCAAACCUGCAGUGAUGAAUGAUGAGGAUGGGAAAGGGGCAAGAGAGGAGAAAGAGAAGGAGACAAAGAACGAGGUGAUACCAGAGUUAAAGGAGGAGGAGAAGGAGGAAACAGACAAGGAGACAGUAGAGGAGGCCAGACCAGAGAGUGUACCAGUGGACUCAGAGAAAGUGCAAAGGUUCUUGAAAGAGCCACAACAAAAUGGGGACACGGCUGUCAGCUCUGAAACAUGCCUGUGAGCAGGGAUGGACACUGAACGAAAUUAGGCUUGCAGGUUAUACUCAUUGCUUCUUUCUUUUCUUUUUUUAUAUAACCCAAAGGCAGGAUGAAGUGUAUUACAAGUGUUCUAAUGAGCACCGUCUGCUUUCCUCAUCAUUCAGUGUUUAAUCCGGAUUUUCAUUUCUUUCCUUUGCAGGGUGCUUUUUGGUGUCACUGCCAUGUGAAAUAGUAAUAGCCAUAUUUUAUCACUAGAUGUUUUAAGCUGAGGUGGUGAAUAGUAUAAUAUAUAUAUAUAUAUAUAUAUAUAUAUAUAUACAUAUAUAUAUAUAUAUAAUAUAAAGAACUCAGUUACAGCACUGCCUUGUGUAUACAGUUUAUACCAAAAGAUUUAUUUUGAUGUAGCCACCAGCAAAUCCAGGUAAGGGAUAGUUUGGAUGAUAUUCUAUAUUUGUAGUGUCAAGAAAUUCCAUAAAAAGACCUUAACUACAGAUGGAAAUUAGCUUGUAGUUAGAUCUGGUUCAAUAAAUGUAUAAUGCACUGUCCAUGUUAAAUAAAUAAUACAAUAAAAAAAUAGACAACAACAUAGUUAAGCAUGUUUGCGGAAAAAAUAUAGUGCUAAAACCUUGGUGAUGUAGUGGCUAACCACAAACGCACUAUAGCCAGGAACAUGCUAGCACAAGUCAGUCACAGUAGCUGUCUGACGUAGUUAGCAUGCUAACUGUGAAUAAGCAAACCAUGCCUCUGUUGAAGCAGGUUAUACUCCAGCAGAGGAGGGUCAGCAUUAAAUAAAAGUGGAUGGUGCACCAUGGUUAAUGAGCGAUGAUAGCGUGCUCUGGCUCUCAGCACAGGUCAAAAUUGUUUGCUGUUGACCAACAGAAGUUCACUAAAACUUUGAGGUAUUGAACGUAAAGGAUUUGCAUGGAUUGCUUUGGAACAAAUGGACUUGAGGCUGAGGGCCAAAGAAAAUUUGGGGGAAUCCAAAAAUAUUGAGAGAUGGACUAACACAUUGGUUUUUUUUUUGGUCUUUACAUUGAAUUUGUUACCAAUCAAUAUAGAAUCAUGCCAGCUGUAUCCCUUAGUACGGAAGCCCUAAGCCGCCAUCCAUUCAAAUAUUUUUUUACUCCGUUUUCCUGUGAUAACGUGAUAAUUUUCUUGUGAUCUCGAGAUAAACCAUAGCUGAAUACAAGAGUCAGCCGGUGUGUUUCUUUAGGAUAAUUUCAGAGUACCUUUCAGUGUGACUGGUUAGCUCAGUGGGUAAAGUGCAGGCAGGACUUCCAAGGGUUGUAAGUUUAACUCUCGCUCUUAAUAACUAUACUUUUCUUCUUUUGUGUGUUUUUUAUUAUCCUCUUCAACAAAGUUGUUAUGAAGGGAAUCCAAUCACACAUUUCCCGACGGCUAUUUCAGAGGUACCGACAUAGCCGUCAGGAAAUGUGUAACGUUAAAUGGAUUCCCCUGAAUGAGAAGCACAGUAAUUUCCUCUGCCUGGGAAUGAUGGGGAAAUGUCCAUAGGUUUUUGGAUGUGGACAAAUCCCCAGGAUUCACACAGUUCAGUGGACACUUUAUUGCAAGCAUGUGAAACAGUCUCUUUGUUGAGGAAGAUUAUGGGGGGAAAAAAGACAAAAAAUUGCCAUCCAGUGAAGAUCAAACCCACAACUAGAAGUCAUCGAAGAGUAUGACUCCGGUGCUCUACUAACUGAGCUAACCAGUGACACUAAAAUUCACCCUUAAAUUACCACUAAACCACUAUGUUAAACUACUGUUUUGUUAUCUCGAGAUCACAAGAAAAUUAUACCAUUAUCACGGUAAAACGGAGUUAAAAAACUUUUGAAUCGAUGGCUGGUUAGGGCUGCCAUACUUUAAAAAAGAAAAUGCUGCUUUUUUAUUAUGUGUUAUAAAAGUUAGAACAUCUUAGAAUUAUUAAUUAUUAUUAUUAAUGCAUAAAAUGUUUAGUGUUUGCUGUGAAAAAGCUUGAAAGGCUUGUAAUCCCCUCUCUACCUGGUGUCAUCCAAAUAUCAAUUACAUCUUCCCGUAUGGUGUGCUCUCACAGUUAAGGCAGGUUUGAUGUUUAAGUGAGAAAUGGUUUCUGUUUUGUCAGUAUUAAAUGGUCGCUAAUGGUUGCUACAUGUAUGGAGUGUCAGUGUUGCAGUUGUUUGAGAUUGUUACUGGUCUUGUGAUAGCUUUGUGAUUUUUCCAUGGAUUAUAAGUAGGGCCCAAAUGUUCUCCAUGUCUUUGUUAUGGUCUUCAUCACCGUGUUCCAUGAGAUAUUUAUAGCUAUUUUACCAAAGCUAGAUUUGUCGUGCUUCACUUUCACUCAACAGACUUUGAAAAGCACUCUGAACUCUAUGUGUGUGACUGUGCCUAACUGCUGAGCUAAUGUGAGGUGACAGUUUGUAUUUGCCACCAAAAAACACAAAGUUCACACUGUGGUCCAAGAGUUGCAAAGAUCAAGCAGUAGAGAUUUAGUAUCCUGUGAAGAACCAAAGGACAGGCCGACAGACAUGGCUUGCUGCUAGUGGGGCAAAAAUAGACUUUGAGGUAACAUCCCUAAACUGAAUAACACCUUACCUUUUCCUCAAACUCAUGUUGUCUACACGUUUUGUGUUGUCUGUACUGUUUGUGUGUGUUUCAGUGCAAAAUAAUAUUAAAGGUAAAUUUUGUUUGUUUACAACUUGGGUUGUUUUUCAGUGUCAUGUAAGUUGCAGAAUAAAAUGUAUUCAGAACCAAUGAAUGAUGGAAUAAUGGCUCAAAAUAUGAGGGAAAGGCCCAUGUUGUAAAACAACGGAAUUGUCAUUAAAUAAAACCUUUAUUUUCAUUACUGGAAUUAUGAGUGGGAUACAUCAGUUGACAAUAACUGAUACUAAGAGCAAUGCAUCAAGUUUUAGUAGUCUGUCCUGAUAGCAGGCUCCCUUUAACAUACUUACAUGGUGUCAUUCCACAUUGUGUAUGUAUAAAACUGGACUAAUCAAUAUUUGUAUAUUAACAAUGGAUCAAAAGACGAUGUGUAAUUAAAAGAAGUUGCUCGUAAAUACAAAUCCACACAAAAUUAUCACAAAAUCAACCCAUAAAACAGGACAUAAUAUAACACAACAGUUGGGUGAGUGACUCAUAUGUCAGUAUCCAUGGCGAUGGAUGAGCGAGUGGGACUUCAUGUGAAGUAUCACUGAGGAGCCAUGUUGUCAGUGUUUUAUCAUUUAACAAAGAAACAGAAAACAAUGCUGUGUCUGUUUCAUAAUCCACCUACAAUAACUGCUAGAUAAAACAUUAGUUUAUUUUUUCAUCUAUAUGACUGGUCAGUAGAUAUUAUAUUUGGUAUUUUCUAAUAGAGCUGAACACCAUGCUCGCUUCUUUCUUUCUUUCUUUGGUACUCCCUUAUGGAAACGUGACUCACUGUGAUUUGAAUGUACAGUUUGUGCGUUUAACCAGUGGUUGAGAGAUGUGUCUAACAAUGAAACAGAAAACCUCACAUCUGAGCCUAAUACAUGCAUUAGCCAUGCAGCUGCAUUCACAAUGCUAUUUGAGAUGUAUAUCAAAUAUGUUAAAUUGUAUUUCAGUGUCAACUGUUACUGUUAAAAUGGGGCCACACUGUUAAGUCACUUUGUCACUCUUCUAACCACAAAUUCCUACUGAAUGUCACCGAUAUCAGUCAGAACAGACUGAACUGGAAUUUCAUUUAAGCCUUUUGUUUUUCUGUAAAAAAAAAAAAAUCUGUAUCCAUUGUGUGAAAAAACAAAUAUA